AUGUCAUUCACCGGUGUUUCCUUCGUCCUUCCCGUGGUUGUCUUGCUUGCAGCCUUUUAUGCCGCUGGGACCAGUGAGAAGGCAGGCUAUUCCAGGAUAUUGAUAGGAGGGGUACUGACCGGAGGGUCAGUGUGUGGAAUGCACUAUGUUGGCCAACUGGGUAUUAGCAAUUACAAAUGUGGCUACCAUGCUGGGAACGUCGCCGGUUCUGCAGUGAUCGCGGUAGUUGCCAGCACUGCUGCACUCAGUAUCUUCUUUCGAUGGAGAGCUUCCUGGACAAAUCGCUGGUGGAGGCGUGUAAUCUGCGGUUGCCUUUUGGCGGUGGCCGUGUCUGGCAUGCAUUGGACUGCUGCUGCUGGGACAACAUACAACGAACAUGAUUCAUCUGCGAGCACUGGUGGCCAGUUAUCUCGAACUCAAACUGUCAUCAUAUGCUCUGUUCUGGCUUUUGUUGCCUGUGCUGUCUUAUCAGCAUGUGCUAUAACUGCUAAUGGCGACCAUAGAAAGUUAAGGAUACAGGCACAACAGCUGGUCUUGACCUCUGCUUUCUUUGACCCGGAGGGACGUGUUAUGGUUACACCGCAUGCUCUUCUUCCUACUAGGAAAAUAGUCGAUCGUUAUAUCGGAAAGACUUUCAGCGACGAUGACCUCACUCGAACCCAUCCCGCGUUCCUAUGGGCCUUUCGAGCAAGCAGAAACUGGGGCCUUAUCAAAGAGGUUGUUCCAUACAUGCGAGACAGGAUAGAAACAGAGCAAGAGGCGCACCGGCGAUAUGUUGGCAAAGGACUGGAUCCAGAACAAGAAGCAGAGCUUAAUGGCGGCUUUGAUGAGUUGUUCAAGCGUCACUUUUGUGUGGCAGCAUACGAUCUUGCUGAUCAGGUUCGACAGCCCUUGGAUGAUUUGGGUAUGCUGUACGAUGAAGUUUUAACCACAUCUAUUCCAUCGUCACGGAUUUCACGCGCAAUGGGAUACUCCGGACUACGCGCCGGCAAAGGCCAGUUAAUGUUCACAGUUCGCCAACUGAGAAAGCAAGAAGCGUCUCGGCUCGCUGCAUCUGGCUUCAGGUUUGCUACUAUUGAUACCAUCACGACUCUACUCUCUAGCCGCAUGAACGUUACAUCAGAGGCGCUAGGAACCCACCUAAAGGAUAUGCGCGACUUCGCUACAUCUUACCGAAACUUCCAGCCUGGCGUUCAUCUCAUUUCGUUUAUUACCCGCCCUACUGUCCAUGAUCGCUUCGAAGUAUUAACCGCCGCUGGCACUUCAAAUCCACUGCCGUCGAUGACAUUACAAACGAGAAGCUUACAAAUAGCUCAUUUGGAGCUGAUCUCACAUAUGGAGGGAUGGCCAAUCCAGACAUGUUUAGAUUGGUUGAGUUCUGGAAACGCACAAAGCCACCAGGAUGCCAACGAGUUCCGUCAGGACUUAAUCCGAGCAAUGACACAUCUUGCUAGGUCGCUGCCAGCAGACAUCAAUUCCGCAUCGCGCUUCUCGCCCCGCCCUUUAAUUGCGCCGUGCCGCAGCACAAGGAUCUCCGAUGACAAGACAUGCAUGCUACUUGCCUUCUGUACGGUUGGAUCACUGAGCACGCGUGUUACUAACCCAAACUAUACCUUUAUGCCCCUUCGGCUCUUCCGUAUUCAACAGCAAGUGAAUAGCGGCGCUACCGAUGUAGACGGGCUCGCCAAAGAACUCAGCGACGGCGUUCUCUUUUCUAAUGUCCGCACAAGCUCCACUACCGACUCUGAAAUGGAAUCGUCGAUCCUUUCCAAAUUCAACAUCCGUUCGUCUCGAAAACGGAUCCCAGCAUACAAGCAGACGACAUCUCAGGAGACUCUCACGGAUGCCACGCCAUUAGGAGACAUUAUGGUCCGCAAAGAAGUCAAGGUCGACUCGGCGAGAUUAGGUGACCCAGCGGUUGAAGCAGCCCUUGGAAGACAGUCCUCGACCACUGUGGUGGAGGCUGGUAGCUCAGCUGCCCACACCUACGUCGACGAACUCCAUAAUCUCUGCUAUUCCCCUGGGAUGCGUCUGCGCCCAGAUUCCGGCUUUUGA